AAUAAAAAGUUCUUUUAGUUCUAAUUAAGUAUAAAGGAAAAGAAACUGUUGUAGGUUUGUUUUGCGGUUUGCAUGCUGGUACAUGUAUAAGACUUGCUUCUUUAUUUGUCUUUGUUUUCUUCUCCACAGAUAAAACGAGCUUAAAAAGCCAGAACCCAACAAACAAAACAAGGAAAAUUCUCUUUUCACUAUGGGUUGUUUUUCUGAUCCAUCUCCUUCUUCUUUCUCUCGGUUUCUCAGCUCUUCUUUUAAGGAUCACGUCAUCAUAUUCCGGCUGCUUGCUUCAGCUUCCCGGCAAACCAUUUACUUUUGAGGCAGGUUUUGGAUCUACACAAAGGAAAUAUCAAUUUUUUAUUUUUUGGUAGUGGGUGUAGAAUUCUGGAGGCAAUGAGGCAUUUUUCCUCCAUGUUCAAUGGAAUAGCAAGGUCGUUUUAUAUAAGAAGAGGGAAAAAUUCUGGGAAUGGUGAUGGAAGAGAAGCUGCUGAGGCAAUGGCAAAGGAUGCAAAGAAGAAUGACUUAAUUUUGAGGUCUUCUGGUUUUGUAAAUGUGGAUGGUUCCGACAAUUUUGCCUCGGUUUUCUCCAAGAGGGGCAGAAAAGGAGUGAACCAGGAUUGUGCUAUUGUAUGGGAGGAAUUUGGAUGUCAAGCAGACAUGUUGUUUUGUGGGAUAUUUGAUGGCCAUGGUCCAUGGGGUCAUUUUGUAGCAAAAAAGGUCCAAAAAUCAAUGCCUUCAUCCUUGCUUUGCAAUUGGCAAGAGACUCUAGCUCAGACAUCACUUGACCCGGAUAUGGAAUCGGAUCAGAGAUUUCAUAUAUGGAAGCAUUCUUAUCUAAAGACUUGUGCUGCUGUUGAUCAGGAGCUUGAGCAGUAUAGGAAGAUUGAUUCCUUCUACAGUGGAACAACUGCGUUGACAAUUGUCAGACAGGGUGACCUUAUGUAUGUAGCCAAUAUUGGUGAUUCUCGAGCUGUUUUGGCUACAACUUCAGAUGAUGGAAACUUGGUUCCUGUUCAGCUUACUGUUGAUUUCAAGCCCAACUUACCUCAGGAGGCUGAGCGGAUAAUCCAGUGCAAAGGGCGGGUGUUCUGUUUGCAUGAUGAGCCAGGGGUGCACAGGGUUUGGCUGCCUGAUGAGGAGUCACCAGGACUGGCAAUGUCUAGAGCUUUUGGGGAUUACUGCAUAAAGGAUUAUGGACUUAUUUCCAUUCCUGAAGUCACACAAAGACGUAUAACCAGCAGAGAUCAAUUUGUUGUGCUUGCGACUGAUGGGGUAUGGGAUGUUAUUUCCAAUCAGGAAGCAAUUCAAAUAGUAUCUUCAACACCAGACAAGGCAAAAGCAUCUAAGCAUCUGGUUGACUGUGCUGUCCAUGCUUGGAAAAAGAAGAGGAAGGGCAUUGCAAUGGAUGAUAUUUCUGCCAUCUGCCUUUUCUUCCACUCAUCUCCCUUAUCUCAGCAUGAAGAUCUUGUUACAACUUCAAAAUAGUACUUACGCAAAUGAGCAAGGUAAUUGCUCUUAAAGUAUGUUGUCACACAUUGUAAUCCUUAGUUCAAUGUCGUUAAUCAGAAAGUGUUUUUGUAUUCCUUAGUUCAAUGUAGUUGAUCAUAAAGUGUUCAUUUCAUGCCCGUAUCUUGUUCUAUUCACUUAGUCCAUAGAAUGAUUGAUGCCAUCCAUGGUCGAGCUAACUAGUCCAGUCUAAUCUAAUAUCGAAAUUAA